AAAUCCCAUGCCAGCGAGUCAUACUUUCUUCCUCCAAACACCCUCCUCACCUACACUCUCAUCGCCAACGUUUUUACGACAAACAUAAAAAAAUGGCUUCUUCUCUUGAAUACUCACUUUUUGGAUUAGAAAAUCCUCUGCUUGACUACUAUAUUGCCGGCGGUGAGGAAAUCUUGGCCAAAUAUGGUCUGAAGGCAAAUGAUGCUAUCCUUGCUGGCGACGAGCACAUGGGUAUCUAUACUGAGGCCUGCAGCAGUUAUAGUGCCGGUGGUGCUGCUCAAAACAGUAUGAGAGCUGCUCAAUAUGUUAUGCCUCCCAACUCGACUGUUUUCACUGGAUGCGUUGGUAACGACAAGUUCGCUGAGAUGCUUCGUGAGUCCAAUGACAAAGCUGGCCUUCGUAGUGAGUUCUCCGUCGACCCUGACACUCCCACUGGUGUCUGUGCAGUUGUUUUGACGAAGAACGGUGCCAACCGUUCUCUGAUUACCAACUUGGGUGCUGCAAACCACUAUAAGCUUGAGCACUUGCAAAAGCCCGAGGUUUGGGCUUUUGUGGAAAAAUCAAGGGUCAUUUACGUUGGUGGAUACCACUUGACUGUUUGCGUGGAUGCUAUUCUGGCUCUGGCCAAGCAUGCUGCUGAGAAGAAUAAGCCCUUCGUUCUUAAUCUUAGCGCCCCCUUCAUUCCUCAAUUCUUUAAGGAUCAGCUUGACUCCGUAAUGCCUUACGCUGAUGUUGUCAUUUGCAACGAGACUGAGGCCGCUGCUUUUGCUGAAAGCCACGGUGUCGAGUCUACCGAUUUGAAGGAUAUUGCUUUGGCCAUUGCUGGUUAUUCCAAGGUGAACAACGCUCGCAGUCGUGCUGUCGUAAUCACCCAUGGUGCCGAGUCUACGAACGUUGCUCAAGAUGGUAAGGUCACCGUUUACACUCCUAACCGUGUCCCUGCCGAGGAGGUUGUCGACACCAACGGUGCCGGCGAUGCAUUUGCAGGCGGUUUUAUUGCAGCUCUGGCCAAGGGUCAAGGUAUCGACUAUGCCAUUACCUUGGGUCACUGGCUCGGACAAGAGUGUAUCAAGGUGAGUGGUACUACUUUGGCUGAGCCUAAGAAGCAAUACCCUCUUCCUUAAGUCAAGCAUGGUUCUCUAGUAUUGAACUAGUCUCUCCAUUGGAAGUGUAGGUUUGUAUACAUUAAUUCUUCGGUGGAUGGGUGUGAAGCUGCCCAAGCAAUUUGCCUCACCAGUAUCUCCAGGUUGUAGUGCAAACUGAAAACACUGGCGCCUGUGCCGGGAAUUUGUCAGGUUUCCGCUCAGUUUGAUUCUCAGCUCUGUAAUUCUGUGUAUUUUGUAAUUGCUUCAGAAUUUCCGCGUUGCGGCGCCUUACGCCUCCUUAUACAUAAAUAACGAACAGCAACGAAUUACAUAACGCUGCAUUAUUCUUCUUAACAGUGCGUUACUGCUUAUGUCAUAUUCGUUUAUGGUCUACUUUAUUUUAUUCCCGCAAAGCUUAUAUAUUACUCCACCUUGCC